AUGGCAGGAUGCGUGGGCGCAACUCUGCCAGGGGACCUGCUCGAGGCUCAACUCUCGAUGGUGGAGUUGAUCAGGGCCAUGUAUCCAAGCUCGACAGGGAGCUCAGAUUCAGCCACAGACGAGAUCAUUGAGAGAGCAAGGUCAUGGUGCGAGUCCCCGGGCCCGCCCAGUGACAGCCUCCCAUCCAGCUUCAGCUUCGACAUGACCAUCCCGCUGAGCGUGGACGGCUCCGAGGCGGAGUCGCCUGAGAUACAGAUGAGCAUAGCGGUGCCCCUGACGUCGACAGACGCGGGCAUCACGGAGCCGCCACCGCUCACAUACUCCCUGCGCCAACCAUUCUUCAUGUCGCGGGCCGAGCUCGCCGAGCUGGGCACCGGCAUGCCCGUGGGUGACGUCCUGGCGGCAUUCGACUACGUCCAGGAGAACGCGCCGAGGUAUCUCCGCAACUCGUCACAGUCACAACGGGAAGAGCCGUCCAAGCCAGACAAGGAGGCGGGCCCCUUGGUGCGGGUAUGGUUCUACUUCCCGUCCCUGUCGACGCGGGAGAAGCGCAAGGACCUGGUGUCGUACACGACGGCGUACGGGCUGACGGGGUUCGUGCUGGCGGGGAAGCCCGGGGUGCUGUGCCUGGAGGGCAGCUCGGGGGACAUUGACGGGUACAUGAACGCCAUCAAGAACGAGAGCUGGGGCGACAUCCCGAGCCACCAGAAGAAGGUCAGCGAGAGGUUCCGCGAGGACUGCGGGCCGGCGGGGAGGAAGUUUGCGGGCAUGAGCGAGAUCACGGAUGACCUGGGGGCCAGGCACGGCACGCGCAAGAACAGGGGCGACAUGGCGGCCCUGGAGGCGUGGCUGAAGGAGAAGGGGGUUGGCGAUUCUUUUUCCAAGGUUGUCAUGGGCACCUGA